AUGAUAUCCACGGGAGAAGCUGGAGUUCAGUUUGCAAAUCAAAAAGAUAUGGUUAGUUGGGGCUUAGAGGCGUCUAGUUUGAAACAAGCCCUAAUGGCUAAAACUGCUUGCAAGUAUUCCCAAACGGACACUUUACUGAUGCCCGGCCAACCUCAAAAGGGGACAAGAAGAUGGACAAGCGUUCUCCGGGGAAGGGAUUUGUUGAAUGCUAAUCUCAAGUGGCAAGUGGGUGAUAUAGAAACAUUUCAGGCACUAGGACAAAAUUGGCUUCCAGGAGUGGUCAACAUACAUCGGCAUAGAAACCUUCAUGUUAGCCUCCCCACUCUUAAGGAGGUAAGUGGACAGGUAUUGCAACAAAUGGGAGCAGCUACAAAUUCGUAG